AUGAGUAAGAAAGGAAGAGGCCGCGUUAAGAGGAAGGAGGUGCAAAGUGAUGAUGGAUGGACCGUCAUUACCCAUGGCUUGGCGAGUAUUUCGCUCGAUGGCAAAGGGAAGGAGGCGGAUGCUGGGUCCUUGCCUACCAAAAUAGUAGAGGGUUUGACGGCAGAGAAACUGUUGGACGAUUUUCGCCUGCUUCAAGAGCGGUGGGAAGAUACGCUGCUCGCGAAACAAGUUGAAGAGAUUGUCGAGACGAGAAGCGCUGAUGGCAAAUGGGGUGUUGAAGAAGCGGCAUGCAUUGGCAUCGGCAGUUUCAGUCGAGACUGGGCGCAUAGAUGGAGGAGUCUCUGGCAGCUUGUACUGUUUGUCGAUGUAGUCGGGCGACUUAAAGACGAAAAUAAGGACCUCAAGAUACAGUGUUUCGCCCAAGAUCCAGCCUUCACACCUUUCGACAUCGAAUUUCUAUCGCACCUCUCCAUCACGGUCCUUGACUCCGAUCUCCAGACCCACAUUACGUCCAAAUCCUUUGUCUACUCGCCCUUCGUUGACUGGUUCCUUCUCCUACCAACUUUCCUCAAAUCGAAAGACCCGGUGUUGUAUGUAGGCAACGAGAUUCUGGAUGACUAUAGUGUGUAUGCGCAAACGAAGGAGAAGAAAGAGCGAUUGGAGGAGUGCAAUGAGGUGGGCAAGAAGUGGAUAAAAGGCAGGGAAAAGGUGGCGCUAAGAGAGUUUGAAAAGCAUGGGAAUGCGCUGAAUGGGAUGGUGGUUUAUCUGAAGAAGAGUGACGAGGAUGCAGAGGAAGAGGGAAGUACAGAGGCGAAGUCUAGGGAAGAGAACGACAAAGAGGCGACUCCCGGACAAGAUACCUAG